AUGGGAGAACAUCAACAACUGCCAAGGGACAAAAUACGUUCAACGAUACGAAAACAAUUCUUACAAUAUAAGAUCCAACACAAUCAUGAAAUCUCAUUCAUCGACAUUCAUCAACUCAACAAUCUGAUUAAACAACAACUACAAAGAUCAUCCAUCCCAACCAAUAUCAAAUCUAAAUAUGGAUAUUAUCAUAAUGAUAAAGAUAUUUUUGAUCCAAGAUUAUAUCCUGCACUAUCACUAAAUUCAUUAAUCCAAUCAACAAAUAUAAACAACAACAUAGAUCCUACGUUCAGCAUACCAUUUAGUUGGGAUGUCGUUAUCGCCAGACCAUCAAUAGAUAAUCUCGAUUCAUUUACAUGUUUAGAAUUAACGAAAUAUGCAAAUUUGAAUUCGCUCUUGUCACAAUGUCAUGACGUAUUAGGUAGAUCUAGGACAAGAUUCAGAAUUGAUGGACCAAUCGAUGAAACGAUGUCUGAACAAGCGAGAGUAGUUGUUGGAUAUAAUUAUUUGAUGAAUUCGGCGCCGAUUCCCAAACAGAUCAUGUAUCUUGGAGCAGGUGGCACUCAUGGUGUUGAUAGUCUUAUGGUUCCUACUAGUAACAGUUGUUCCAAUUCAGGAUCUAUAAGUGCUUUAAUAGAAAGAUCAGCAGGAAUGAAAGACAGCAUUAGCUUGAUUGAAGUUAUUACAAGCUUAAGAAACACUUGGAAUAAGCAUGCAAACAGUCUUGCUUUCAUACUGUCAAAUAUCCCUCAAUCCACAAUAACAAUCAUACACCUCCCAAACUCCAAACCCACCCUAUCCAAGUCCGAUUUCAUCAACACCCAUUUGAACACAACUCAUGCCGAAUUCAAAUAUUUCCACGAAUCCCACGUCAAUCACUCUUCCAAAGGCAGCCAUUAUGACUGGCGUUUCUUCAAACAAAUAACCUAUUCACCCUAUGAACGAAAAGCCAUCCUUCAUUCCCUCACUCGGGCUUGGUUGCAUUUUGCCCAGGGGAUAGGUAUCAGGACCUGGCUAGCUCAUGGGACGUUAUUGGGUUGGUAUUGGAAUGGAAUUAAUUUGCCUUGGGAUGAUGAUUUGGAUGUCCAGUUGCCAAUGGGGGAUAUGGAGUUGCUUGUGAAAUAUAAUCUGACAUUUGUGUAUGAUUUGGGUGUUGAUGAGGGAUUGAAUACUGGAAGUGGUGGAUAUUACCUAGAUGUGAAUCCAACGUUCAUGAACCAAGGUGAUGAUAAGGGAAAUAAUACGAUAGAUGCGAGGUUUAUAGAUGUGAAUAGUGGGAUGUAUGUCGAUAUUACUGCUUUGGGAUAUAGCGACGCUUCAAUAUUGAAUUCUACGAUUGAAAAGCAAUUUGGAAAUAAAGCAAAAGAAUUCAAUCAGGUUAUAGAUAAUGAUUUUUUGGAAAAGCGUGAUUCUAUGACAGUUGAUCAGGAAGUAUUAAUGAAUUCAUUGGAGUCUAAGAAAGUUGAAUUAUUGAAUCUGAAGAAUUUGUUUAAUUGUCGAGAUGAUCAUUUUUAUAUAUUGGAGGAUUUGCAUCCAUUACGACAAACAUUGUUUGAAGGGGUUAGAGCUUGGGUUCCUGCAAACUAUAAGCGAGUUCUCCGGAGAGAAUAUCCAUUAGGACUUAGAGCGAAGAAAUAUAAGGAUUAUUUGUAUAGACCAGUUCUAAGACUCUGGAUUCAUAAAGAUAUCUGUAAAGGUGAUGGUAUUGGGAAUGAAUGUUUGGAUGAGGAUACUUUAUUGGAGUUUAAAUAUACCGGGAAGAUGACUCAAUUACAUAAGAAUGAGAUGUUAAGAAGAGAUACUGUGAGUUAUUCACUUGAUGAUGAAUUGGAAUCGUUUGUUAUUUAUCCUUGGAUUCUUCACAGAGCAAGAACUAUUCAAGAGUCAUAA